GAAUGCGACAGCCGGAAGUCGCACGACAGCGGCUUUGUUGACCUCAGUCGAGAGUGCAUUAUACUAUUUUCAGUUUUAAUCAAAAUUGUGUUUGACCUUAGGUAACCAUAAGGUGAUGAAAUUAGAGAUUGUUUCAUGAUUUUUGAAUUUAUCUGUUGGAGGACGUGGCUUAAUUGAAUGUACAAUAUGCUGAUACUGACGGUUUAGGCUUCACUCUUUCUGUCAAUCCCAGUAAGAAUGACUUUGACAGGUUUGUCAGGAGUGCUGUCGUAGUUAUGUGCGGGUUGAACGAGUCGAUUUGCCUACAUUGUAUGUUGAAAAGGCAACAAUGGAGUCAUUAGGACGCAUUUAAUCGCCUGCUGAGAUGUAUAUUUUUAUUGAAGACAGUCCAACUACAAGGAGCGACUGUACGAUACAUUCCUUAUCAUGGAUGGGAAAGGUUCCAGAAAUUCUUCCCAAUGAGGAUGGCUGGCAACUGGACCGCUCAGAGUACUACCAGGAAGGCUGGUUGGCCACAGGGAAUGGCAAAGGAAUUGUCAGUGCAACUUUCACCACAAGCCACUGUGAGAAAGACACUGAUGUGCCUAGCAGAACAAAUUUUAACCUUCGUGGACAUAGGAAUGAGGUUGUAAUGGUUAAAUGGAAUGAGCCAUACCAGAAGUUGUCAACAUGUGAUACAAAUGGCAUUAUUUUUGUGUGGAUGAAGCAUGAUGGACGCUGGUCAGUGGAGCUGGUCAAUGAUAGAAAUGUGCCAGUAACUGACUUCAACUGGUCUCAUGAUGGCCGCAUGGCACUGAUCACUUAUGAAGAUGGUUUCAUCCUUGUGGGGUCAGUAAAUGGUCAGAGACACUGGUCAACAAAUCUAAACCUUGAAAAUGCUACAGUGAAGACAGGAGUGUGGUCUCCAGGAGACCAGGAGGUGCUUCUUGGAACUAGUGAUGGUCAGAUAAUAGUGCUGACCUCCAGUGGUGCUACAGUGACCCAGGUGACCAUCCUCAGUGGACAGGAAAUGUCUCACAUGGCCUGGUCUUGUGAGAAGUUCUCUAUGGAAAGUGAUGGGACAAAUUCUCCUAGUAGAACUGGUGAGGGUACCAGGUGUCACUCCCUGGCAGCCAGCUUUAAAAGUGGUGCUAUACAUCUCCUUUCAAAUUAUGAUGACCUCCUUCCAGUGGUCAUACAGACAGGUUUACAAGGUAUACAGAUGGAGUGGUCUAAUGAUGGAGAGUUUCUAGCCGUUGGUGGAUAUAACCGUCUUCCUAGCUUAAACUGUAUCAGUAAGCUGCUCCUAUAUACAAAAUCAGGAACCCUGCUGCUGUCAAUGACAAUUCCUAACCAGCCCAAACCUCUGACAGCAUUAACAUGGGGCCACAAUGAUAAGCGUCUGUUCAUAGCCACUGGAUCAAGAGCCUAUGUGGGCCGUGUGAACAAAGAAGUGGCUCCACUACAACUUCUGUGUGAGACAACGGUUAAGGGUUGUCUUAGUUCUGAGAGUGACCUGCAACAUUUGCCUUUGCCACUCAAGAUGAAAUGUCAUCUGGACUGUUUGUUUAUUCCUACAAUUCAAAAUUACAUUCCACCUCCUGAAAAGCUUCGAGAUUUUGUCAUCCUGCCUCCAUCAGACAACGACAGGUUUUAUUGCACCAUGAUGAGACAUGGGGAUGAAAGCUAUGGAGGGUAUUACAUUCUAUAUCUAGAGUACCUAGGGGGACACAUACCUAUACUUAAGGGGAGGAGGAACAGUAAACUAAGACCAGAGUUUGUGAUCUUUGAUCCAUCACCAAAAGGAAUGAUCAAAAAUGGUGAUGAUGAAGUGUUCAGCAGUAGUGGAUGCAGUUGUAGUUCCAAUGGUGAAGAUGAGCCCAUCCUUGACACUGGCUGUGGUUCUCCUAGGCCAAGGAGGAAGAAAAAACAGAAGAAACGUCCAAGGAGUGGUGACAGAAAAAAUGGUACACCUGGAAGAGAUAGGUGCAAUGAUAGGUGGCAGGAAGACCAUCUUCCUGAGGAAAACCGACUAGUUGAAGUGACAUCCAACUUCUGGGGAACAAAGUUUAAGUUUAUAGGUCUGACAGAAGACCUGCCAACCAACCUAGGUGAGGUGAUCUACAAGACCAGCCUGUUUCACCUCCAGCCACGCCAGAUGACUGUCAUGGUAACUGAUCUAGAUGACAAGAUGGAAGGAGAGCUGACUGCUGCUGGACCACUGACCAGUGACUUUGGUGCUAAUAAUGAAGAAGAGGACCUCACAGGUACAUUUCAAGAAUCUCUAGUGGAUCCGCUGAGGCUGUCACCUGAUGAUGAUGCUCUGCCGGUGGCUCCCAAAUCUCCACUUCUAAGCUGUAAACCAAAUGUAUUUGCUAAUGCAGAAACACAGACUGAUGAUUCUGCCAAAAAGGCAAAUCUUAAAGCAGCAGUUUGUAUGGAAGCAGGGGCUGCUGGAGUGGACCAGAUUAACACAAGUGCAAUAGUCUUUAUGGCAGCACCAGACGGAGGAGCUGCAAGCAACGUUAAUUCAGGUGUAGUUAUUGGGGAAUGUGAGGGUGCUACAUACUCUGCUCAAGAAGAAAAAGUUGCAUUUCAGGAGACUUAUCUAACACAUAAUGAAUCUCUAUGUGGAAAUGUUGACUUGAAAUUAUUGAAUGGACAGCCUCCCCAAAAUGGGUUAGUCGCCAUGGAUAGCUAUAACAAGGAUUUGGAUUAUCCAAAAUCUAACCACAUUGAAAGCUUGACCAAUGAUUCAUCCUAUGACAAACUAAAUGCAUUACAUUCCAGUCCUUUGGUAAGAAGAAAGUCUCAUUUAACAAACUCAGAUUUUACCUUGCAUGGCAAGAGCCACAGUUUAGAUCUCCCAGAGAAAGAGCAAGAAUGUGCACUGGACCAUUCUUCAUUUCGUUUUAGUGGAAGAGUUUUAUCAGACAACAAACUUACAGAUUUAAAAAAGGGACAAAAUUCCAUUCCACAGUCAAGCAAGCUUUUUGAAAGAUCUCAGAAUGCUUCUCGAAAGCAAACAAGUAACAACUCUCCCAACAGAAAAUCAACAUCAUCACCAAAAACCGUAAAAAUAGUUGAAGAAUGCAAGGGCAGAAAGGUCCCUUUGGACAGUUCAGAUGAAGACAUGUAUGUUAGCUCAAAUGGAGGUCAGAACUUGAAGGACUUGGAAGGUUUUCAGAAAUCUCAGCUCAAACAGAAGACAUUACAGGUGAAAAAGCACUCUCGCAGUAAGAGUGAAGGAGAUGGUUACAGCAGGAAGUUGCAUGUUAUGCACAAUAAGGCUCCUAUCUGGAAUGAGGCUAACCAAGUCUACCAGCUGGACUUUGGUGGCAGAGUCACACAGGAGUCUGCAAAGAACUUUCAAAUAGAAUGGAGGGGAAAGCAGGUGAUGCAGUUUGGACGUAUUGAUGUGCAUGCCUAUACCCUGGAUUUUCAGCAUCCUUUCUCUGCUAUCCAAGCAUUUGCUGUUGCUUUAGCCAAUGUCACACAGAGACUGAAGUAAGAUUGGAGAGGACACCUGUUUUUUUCAAAAGACACAUUUUACAGUUCCAUCAUACAUUGAUAAUAAUAAAGAAAUGCUGUAGAGCACAGACAGUGGAGCAGUCAUUUAUGAUAUUUGCCAUUUAUGGGAACAGAGAAUUGACUUUUAAAGUUAUAUUUAUGUAUCAUGGAAGAUAUAACUUGACUUGACAGUUCAGUUUCUUGAAUAACGGGAAGUGAGAUUUAUAGUAUAGAGUAAAUUGUGUGUAAUCUUAUCGAUAUCCUGCCAAAAUGUUUCCUAAGUGUUUACAUCAGAAUUGUUUUGAGAUUGUAAACAUCUCAUCUUUGCACCUCUUGGGGUAUUUUGUCCAUCUGUGUAAUGGAGAGCCAAGAAUACAAAGAAUUUAUUUGCACUCUCCCAUUGUCAAUGUGUGAUACAAUAUUCCUCUGUAAGAAAGACUUGUCUCAUUAUGUUAGAUUUACCAAGCUCCAGGUCCAAUGUGUACCAGCUUUAUUUUCACACAUCUAGAUUUGUACUCUUAUUGAACUCAGACUGUCUGUGUUAAGUUUUAUUGAAGUUUAAGACAACAAUUACACACCUGCAUCUGGGUUUCAUGGUUUUGUAGGACACAAACAUAGCUCAUACAACUGCCCAAUAUUACUUGUGAUGAGUGUGGUGAACUUCAGUCAUAUGCUGUUGAAGUUCAGUCUAGACGAGAUCGCUUGUAAGGAAAUUCUCAAGUGAAUCAAUUGGCCAGUUGUUUCUGCAACAGUACGCACUCAAAUUGGUGCUUUUUGCAAAAUAGCUGUGGACUUCAAGAGACCCGAGCUGCAGUCUCUUGUAAGGAUUUACAGCUUGGAUAAUUAUAAUGAAACGUUUAAUAUUGUGCAAUAAAUAAUUCCUGUUGUGAUUGUCUUAU